GGACUUGAACGCAGCGUGAACAAGGAAACGAAACGUACUGUGGCCCCCAACAAGCAUCAAACUGAGAAGUUAGCGUGACUACAGUCAGCUGCCCGGCGAGUUCCUUGGUACAGCACCCCUCAGCACAAACCCCCGCAAAGGCAGAGGAAAGCCGCGUGGCUCCAAACGACCAGGAGAAAUUAAAUAUUGUUAACUUCCACAGAGUAAUGUCAGUAUUAACAACGUACACAACGGGUAACGUUACAGAUAUUUUCAGGUAGUCGUUAGUCGUUUCGACCAAGUCAUCUGUGUCGUGACGAGGAGGGCUUCUUCGCUGUGUUGAUUUCUUUCAGAACCGGCAGCCGAUAACGGUUAAACAAGUGGAGAUGCCUCAAAAACAGAGGUCCAAGACCUGGACGGAGUUGAAACAAGCUGGAAAUGAAUGUUUCAAGACAGGCCAGUAUGGAGAGGCCACCAAUAUUUACAGCCAGGCGAUCAAAGAGCUGGAGAAGUCCAAUAAAAAGGAACCAGAGGAUUUGGGCAUUUUGUACUCAAACCGUGCAGCCAGCUACCUGAAAGAUGGCAAUUGUGCGGAGUGUGUUAAAGACUGCAAUAUGUCUCUGGAGUUGUUCCCAUUCAAUGUGAAGUCCCUGCUCCGUCGUGCCUCUGCCUACGAAGCUCUGGAGCGCUACAGGCAGGCUUACGUAGACUACAAGACUGCUCUGCAGAUCGACUGCAAUAUAGCUGCUGCUCAUGACGGCACCAACAGGAUGACGAAGGCUCUCACAGAGGCCGACGGUCUGUCAUGGAGAGAAAAGCUUCCUCCCAUCCCCACCGUUCCUCUGUCUGUUAGAGAGAAACUAGCCCAGAAAGCUACAACCAACGGUGCGCAACCAAACCCUCCCCCGAAACAGAACGUCAACAGACAAAUGAACAAACCUAUUCCCAGUGAUAAAGACAAAAAGAAAGCCCACGCCCUGAAAGAAGAAGGCAACGCCCUGGUGAAGAAAGGAGAGUACAAGAAGGCCAUAGAGAAGUACAGCCAGAGCCUCAAACACAACCCCACUGAGAUCACAACCUACACCAACCGGGCGCUGUGUUACCUGUCAGUGAAGCAGUACAGAGACGCUGUCAGAGACUGUGACGAGGCUCUGAUGAUUGACAGCAGCAACAUCAAGGCUCUCUACAGGAGGGCUCAGGCUCACAAGGAGCUCAAGGACAUCAGAGCCUGUGAGGAGAACCUGAACAGCCUGCUCAAAGUGGAACCAAACAACUCGGCUGGCCUGAAGAUGCUGCAGGAGGUGCAGAAGAAGAAAUGAGCACACAUCAGAGACUCUGGAGGCGGCGGUAAGGAUCUGUCACUGCACUGCGUACAGAAAGGAGAGGAAGGGGAUGUUUCGAUGAAGAGUCGGGCGACAGAAGGCAGCCGAACAGUGACAGGAUACAGCCGCUUUAGGUCAGAGACUUUGACCUGCGUUUCCCAAAAGUUUCAUUCACACCGAGCCCGUUUGAUCCGUCUACUCACUGGAACAAACGGGAGCUCGGUCUCGUGUCUCUUCUGGAAAACGCAGCUCUGGUCGAUGAGAACCGAGGGUGUAUCAGGAAGAAGCCUUGGCAAUGUUUGUAUUCUACCAGUUCUAGUGUCACUGAGUAUUUAUGGUUAUUUAUAAGAGCUGAAAUUAUUGAGACGCAUCAUAAUUCUAACUGAGAAAUAAGCCUUAGCCAUCAUCAUUUGU